AAGCCUUCACCUGUGGGAUACAGCGGGUGGGGGACGCUAUAUGAGGUGGGGUCAUUCUAUAACAUGAGUAGGUUGGGCGCUCUAAAAUUCUCCAUUUUUUAUCCAUCGCCAACGCGGGAUUGCAAGUGAUGUAGAUCCAAAGCACUAGCUGGCAUCAUUAGGGACCACUAAUCUGUACAAAAUCCAAUCUGACGAGACCUUUGCGUCUUGAAAUGGGAUUGUAGUAUAUACAGAGAAGAGCUAUAAGCUCGCUAGGGAGAGGAAGACGAAGAGGAGAGAGAGGCGCGGAGAGAGUGCACGUGAGGGAGAGAGGGAGAGAGGGAGAGAGAUACGGCGGGAGAGAGAGAGACCGCGAGUAAGAGCAAAGUCAGAAUCCAAAAGCCAGGAAGGAAAAGUAUUCAAAGGAAAAAAUCCAAAUGGAUGGGACAAAGCCAGUCAUGGAGUCCACUGCAGAGGAGAAUUUAGAGGAGAGGGAAGAAAGCAAAGGUUGCUUCGAAUGCUGCAUCAAGUGUCUGGGCGGAGUGCCCUACGCCUCCCUGGUGGCCACCAUCCUGUGCUUCUCGGGCGUGGCGCUCUUCUGUGGGUGUGGCCACGUCGCGCUUACCGGCACACUGACCAUGCUGGAGAACCACUUCUCGCGGAUCACCAGUGACCACGCCACCCUCACGGCCGUGGUCCAGAUCAUGCAGUACACCAUCUACGGCAUCGCCUCGUUCUUCGCCGUGUACGGGAUCGUCCUGCUGGCCGAGGGCUUCUACACCACCAGCGCCGUCAAGAAAGAGCUCCAGAGCGAGUUCAAAACCACCGUGUGUGGACGCUGCAUCACGGCCACGUUUGUGUUCCUGACCUACAUCCUGGGCCUGGCCUUCCUGGGGAUCUUUGGCUUCUCUGCCAUCCCCGUCUUCCUCUUCUACAACAUGUGGACCACCUGUGCCGCCAUGAAGUCCCCCAUGGCCAACAUCACCGAUCCUGACUCCAUCUGUGUGGACGUCCGGCAGUAUGGUGUUAUCCCAUGGACCGCGACACCGGGCAAAGCCUGUGGAUCCAUCCUAGGGGACAUCUGCAGCAGCAGCGAAUUCUACCUGUCUUUCCACCUGUACAUUGUUGCCUGUGCCGGAGCUGGGGCCACACUCAUUGCAUUGAUUCACUACCUGAUGAUACUCUCCGCGAACUGGGCUUACCUGAGGAGCGCCUGCUCCCAGCACGAGUACCAGGACAUCAAGACCAAGGAUGACGUGGAGGAGGGCACGUCCAAGGAGGGCCUCAACUCCUCUUACUCAUAAGAACCGGCCAAGUACCCGACCCAUGCCGCCUCCUCAUGAAUAACCCCCCCCCUCUCUCCCCCCUCCCCUUCAGAUUAUAACCCAUGCCCGAGGCUUGGUCAAUAUGGGUAGUAUUCUGACCUGAGAUCUGUGCGCUCAGCUCAAAUGUUUGCACCUCGUCCUCCAUUGACAGCAAUGGACAACGUAUGUGAGUGUCUGAGUUGUGAUCACUUUUCUUAACUCCGAAACAGGGUCUUCUGUCCAAACGGGAGCAAAUAUUUUCUGCAAAAUGGAAAAGGCAGGUUUCUAUUGUGAGAGCUCCGAUUGGGCGGUAAACCUCUUCUUGUUUGCAAACCUCUGCUCCCGAUUGGAAAGCAACACGGCAAGACCUUGCUGUCACAUUUGACAGCUCCGAGCCAAGCACAGCACUAACACAGCUCCCAAUAACUGACUGACAACAGGGUCACUGUCUGCACUAACUCCAGAGGAAGUGUGCCACAAAUCCUCCUCCAUUUCUUUGGUGUUUUAUAUAUAUAUAUAUAUAUAUAUAUAUAAAAAAUAUAUAUAUAUUAAUAUAUUGUGCGAAUGUGUAUGUAUGAAUGUCUGUUGUUUUUUUAAUGCUACUUCGAAGUACACCAGGUUUACUAUUUAUUAUUCUAUUUAUCUCUUAUCACCGACAUUUUGCUCCUUCGGUUAUCUUAUCCCUCCUCAGACGAUUUUUUUUUUAUUGUGUUAAUGCGUGAUACGUUUCACUGUUAAAAAUAGAGGAGUAAAACGUACACCUGUCCCGUGCAUACAUCACCUAAACAGCAGCUCAGGGUGCCUAUCAUAGAAGACCCCCUUAGAAAACACGUUAUAAUGUUACAACUCCAGCCAGUUCCGUUGAGCAACUCUUCAUGUUGUCACGAGGAGAAAGCAUGCGCUGUGGCCGUGAACCGAUUUGACACACGCUCUGCGCUGUGACCGCCCGUGCAAAGCCACAGUUCUGUCAGCAGCCAUCGGCAGGUCUGACUCAAGGCUUUGACCUCUAGGUGACCCUUUAGCCUGGUCGCAUGGCCGCAUGUGCCGUCUUGCCAAUUUCCAUGGUCCCAGUCUUGUUACGGUCAUUGUAGAAAUUGGUGAGACCUUUUUGACGCAGGAACAGGCUUGUGGAUCUCAACCUAGCUCUGAAUCGCGAGCUUUCCGUGUCACAGCCUUGCUAUUAAAUCCACCGGACAAACAAACCCUCUUGGCCAGAUUGGGUUGUUCUGAAAGAUAGUGAUACAUUAUACAUACCUCAGGUGAUAAAAACCAAAAGAAACCACGCCACCUGAUCCCAGAUCUGUUAUUGCUGUAGAGUUUCUAUGUUUGGCAUUACGAUGAGCGUAGGAGGCACAACAGUACAAGCAGACCUGGGACCAGGCUAACACUUCACUGAUUAAGCACACACCGGUUUAGCUAGGAAAGACCACAGCUUUAGUCACAGCAAACAUAAAAGUCUGACGCUUGUUCGCGGUGGACAACUGUGAAGGAGGCCGUCUGUCCCAUCGCAGUUUUUGGAUUCAAUUAAUUCACUGAACUUUAAAGGGUCUCUCACUUUGCCCAAGACACGUCCACCCUUUAGGUGUGAAGUUCACCUGUAAAUAUAUGGACCAGCCUAAAAAUUCAGUUUAACCGAAUGACAACCUCCCGAAAGUGGAAAGCACGGUCAGUGUUUCACCAUCCUAUUUUACCCUCGAUUAAAAAUAUGUAAAUGUUCCCAAUGGAGUAUACAGUAUGUUUAGCAUCCAAUUACAAGUCCUGCAUCUGAUAUAGUUGUAAUGUUAAAUCUUGAAAACGGUUUGUUGUGAGAAGCAAGCAAAUGCAGAGGAAUAACGGCUGACAGUGAUGCUUGUAUUGUAAACAUUUUGUGAAGAAAAAAAAAAA